AAUUAUUCAAAAUCAGCAUAGCAUUGGAACAUUAUUAAUGAUAAAUGAUUUUUUAGAUUUCUGUUAAAAAAAUGAUGGUAGACAAAAAAACUAAUAAAUUCCAGCUAGAAAGAAAUGGAAAGAAGUUGAAGAUGAAUUACUUUUAAAAGCAAUAAGAAAAUAUGGAAAUUAAUGGAGUAAAAUAUAGGAAGAAGUACCAACUAAAGAUUCAAAACAAUGUUAAGCUAGAUGGAAGAUUCUAAAACAAGUAAUAUUAAUUAUAAUUAUGUAUAAGAAAGUAGAAACAAUGGAUAGAUUAGAUGCUUUGGCUGAUUUUUCUGAAAUGGAGAAUCAAAAUUAUAAGUUAAAAAAAUAAAAGAAAAAACAUAGAGAAAUACCUAGAAGAUAUAAUCCACAUUUUGAUUAUAAUGAAGAGUCUUCUAGUGAAUCUAUGCAUUUAUAACAAUUUCAAUAGGCUUUGAUUAAAUAACCAAAUCAAUUGUUAUUAUUAUAAUAAUAAUAACAAUAAUAAUAAUAAAAAAGAGAGUAAAUUCAAAAAUAGGUCUUAAGUUAAUAUUAGAAUGUUUGGAAUGCAAUGGAUGAUAAAAUGCUUUGGGCAGCAUUUAAAAUAUACAAAGGUGUAUGGAAUUAAAUAACUUCUCGAUUUUAAGAGAAAAACCCUUAAAGCUGCAUGGAAAGAUAUUAAUAUGUUAGUUUAUGUAUUAUACAUGUAGUUAUUACAAUAAAAGAAAAUGAAAUUAAAAGAAGACGGGUCAUCUGUUGAUAUAAUUUCAUCUUUAGUUGAAGAUAGUUCCCAAUACCAAUAGGGUUCAGAGUAAUUCGAUAUUUCUAUAAGUGAAGGUGGAGAUUCAACUGAUUAGUAAUAAAUAGAACAAAAAGUAUCUUCGCUUAUUGUUUAUACUGUUUAAUAGUGCCAUACAAAUAUAGAAAGAAUUCUUAAAUCAUUUUCUAAUCAUAAUUUAGAUACACUGCCUGGAAUACGUGAGUCAAUAGUCAAACUCAUAUUAACAGAUUGA